AUGUUGCGCGGGGUCAGACAAUCGGAGAAACAAGUCACCACAAUGAAUGGCAGCUUGACCACUGCAGACUAUCGAGCUUUGGCCCGCACCUGUAUGGGUGAGCACUACUGGCCCUACUACGUGGCCUCCAUAGUGGCUACCUUCUUUGGCGGUCUGUUGUGGAUCCUGGCGUAUCGGGUGCUUGUGCGCAGUAUCGCCUGGUUCUCAAAGCGUCGACGCAUUGCUCGGUUCGCCCACUGUGGUUGGCAUGCCGGCGCCAAAGGCGGCAGUGGUGUUGGAUCGAGCAUCUUCCUCGACGUGCCAGCGAACACCUCGCAACUCUCGGGGCUAGACCAAUGGGAUCGACGGAGCAACCGGUGCAGUAACCGGGAUCGCACGAUCACAGUUCGAUUUAUGCAGGGCUACUCCACUGUUUGUGACUGUCUCCGAGCAUCAGCAAUCCGUCUUCUGAGCUACCAGUACUUUACCGGUCGUACUUUCAUUGCUCUCUCUAUGUUUCUCUCCCUUGCCUCCUUCGGUAUCUACGUCUCGGAGGCGAGCCAAUGGCCCAAUGAGAUUGAGAAGUGUGGCCAUAAGGGUCGAACUCAUCGUCUCCUCGACUUCCUCUUCAACCUCUUCUUCCUCCUCCAUUUCAUUAUUCGAUGGGCAGCAGCCGACAAUAAGCUGGUGUUUUGGGUCGAUCCCUUCUCCCUGCUGGACUACUGUACUGUUCCACCAUGCCUCCUGGCGUUUGCGCUACAGAGAUCGUGGAUGGGACUGCGUUUUAUGCGCAUCUUUCGGCUAUUUAAUUUGGCCGAGGUGCUGCAUAAUUUGAAUAUCAUCAAGUCGGCCUCGGCAUUGCGUUUCUGCCAGCUCACCUCCUUCUUCUUCGCGAUUUGGUUGGCUGGAGCUGGGAUGAUAUUCCUGUUGGAAAAUACUGGCGAUUUCUUCACCUCACCACCCUACGACAAUUCAGUUCGUCUGACCUACGGCCAGUGCCUCUACUUUGCCAUUGUUACCAUGUCAACUGUCGGUUACGGUGACAUCACGCCCCAAACGGCGUUGGGUCGUAUCUUCACCAGCUUCUUCAUUCUGUGUGCUCUCGCUGCUUUCGCCUCUUGCAUCCCUGAGAUCGUUGAGAUGUUCCUCGCCUCCAGUAAGUAUUCCGGUGCCUACGCCUCCAGACCGGGACGUCGACAUGUUGUGGUCUGUGGUGAUGUGACCACAGAGUCGGUGAAACACUUCUUAGACGACUUUCUCCACCCGGAUAGACGUAGGACCGAUGUGGAGGUGGUCUUUAUGAACCGAUCAAAACCGGAUCUACGGCUGCAGAGUCUGCUGAGGCGACACUUCUCCCGAGUGAAGUACCUAGAGGUGGGGUUUUGA